CCUCAAACUCAGACAUAUUUCAUUAUUUUCUUUCUCAUCAAGUUAAGAGAAGCUCUUUUUCCCUCAAAACCCCACCGCUACCAUCUCCGGCCGCCACGUCAUCAGAUCGGACCUCCUCCAUCCGUUGUGGUCAAUUUCAUCUUUAAGUUUUGUUUCCAGGGUCAAUUUGAAUUUCGAGUAUGACUAAGGCAAUGGAUCUUCCUCCUAAGGGUGGGUUCAGUUUUGAUCUCUGCAGAAGAAAUGAUAUGCUUGAAAAGAAGGGUCUUAAAGCCCCUUCUUAUUUGAAGACUGGAACCACUAUUGUUGGUUUAGUUUUCCAGGAUGGUAUCAUUCUUGGAGCAGAUACCAGGGCAACAGAAGGACCCAUUGUCGCUGAUAAAAAUUGUGAGAAAAUUCAUUAUAUGGCACCCAACAUAUAUUGCUGCGGAGCAGGCACUGCUGCUGAUACAGAGGCCGUAACAGACAUGGUUAGCUCACAGCUGCAACUACAUCGCUACCAUACUGGUCGUGAAUCAAGAGUUGUUACAGCACUGACUCUUCUUAAGAGACACCUUUUCAAUUACCAAGGUCAUGUCUCUGCUGCAUUAGUUCUUGGUGGGGUUGACAUCACUGGACCACAUUUACAUACUAUCUAUCCACAUGGCUCAACUGACACUCUUCCAUUUGCCACAAUGGGAUCUGGUUCACUUGCUGCGAUGUCUGUGUUUGAGUCUAAAUACAAGGAAAGCUUGAGUAGGGAUGAAGGGGUUAAGCUAGUUGUUGAGGCAAUAUGUGCUGGUAUAUUUAAUGACUUGGGAAGUGGAAGUAAUGUCGAUGUUUGUGUUAUAACCAAGGGACAUAAGGAAUAUCUAAGGAAUCACCUCCUGCCAAAUCCCCGCACAUUUGUCAAUCCAAAUGGCUUUACCUUCCCCAAAAAGACUGAGGUUCUCUUAACUAAGAUUACUGCUUUGAAGGAGAAGGUUGAAGUAAUUGAAGGAGAUGCUAUGGAAGAGUAAAAAAAUUGGUCAAGUAUGAAACUUGAUUAGUGCAAUGUUUGUGAUAUUGUAAUUGUAUUUUCAGAAGCCUGGUUUUUAUUUACCUAAAAAGGUUUCGCUUUCCUUAGAUUGUUGCAAGUUAUUAACCAGAAAUUUCAUCAUUUGGAAGGUUUCUUUGUCUCAUUUCCAGUUUUGGCUACGAAAUACUCAACAUAAAACCAAGUUAAUCUAAACCGAAUUGGCCAUUGAACCAGUGUUGGAUCGGGUCUGACUAGGGUUGGCCCGGUUAUAUUAAACAUUAUUUAUUUUUAAUUUUCAAUAUAAUAUAAUGUGGUAAAA